AAUACAGUAUAAAUACACAAUAUUAUCAUAAUAGACUCAGUGAAUUAUUAAAUUAAUUCGUUUAAACUAUAAUUUGGACUGUAUUUCGUGUUGUAUAAGUAGUGCAAAAAUGUGUCUAAAAGGGAUAUAGGUUACUCUGAAUUAGUGUAUAAUUUAAUGAUUUAUUAUUGAUAUGACCAGUAAUAUAUUAGAAAUAUUGUUUAUAUUGUCAAAUACAAUAUGCCAGUGAUAUAUUUAUAUUAGAAUUUUUAUAAUCAUCAAGAUAUCUUCACAUUAUUCGAAUACAACAACAACAGUGUUUUUUAUAUUAUAAUCAAAGGAGAUCAUUAAAUUGGUGUAGUAAAAGAAGGUAUGUCAAAGCAAGUAGCUAAUUAAAGACAAUGUCAGUUGAAAAUGACCAGAUGUCUGCGAAUAUUCGGGGCAUAUUCCUUCAGACUAUCGAGGAGGCAUUCAACGGUGCUUCUAAUUGCUUCCUUCAUCGUCACUAUCACCAUUAUUCUCCAACUGUACGCGUACAGACACCACGACCGACCCUACAGAAGAGCCAGGGUAGGUGACUUUGAUUACAACCCUGGUUUGUUCCUAAAAGGACAACAUCCCAAUGAGAACGUGAGUUACUGUGAUUUCAACUAUGGCCUACCAGAUACAUUGAAAUGGGGAAGUUUCCGCUUGCAAAAAUCACCGGAGGCAGGAAAUCUAAGUCCCUAUCUCGUCAUUUACAACGCUAUUAAAGGCAAAGCCUAUGCCAAUACUAGUAAGUACGAAGCUCUCACCUACGCUACACAAGCUACUCCAGAAUUUAUCUACCAUGUAGUUGAAAUAGCGAAAUACUGGGACGGACCAAUCAGUCUAUCAGUCUUUGUUCCUGAUUACGAUAUUGAUAUAACCAUGCAAAUUAUGAACCAGUUGUGUCACUGUUACUCUGGAAUGUCGAAGGUUUCGCUUCACUUGUUUUAUCCUAGAAAGUUCCCACCUAAAAUGCGGACAAAAGAACAAAGAUUGAUAACCACAACAGCUGUAGCAGUUACAACUAUUAAUAGCACUAUAGAAGAUAUAUUAAAAGAGAAAUUGAAUAAAUAUAGAAAUUUGAACAAUAAAACGCGUGCUCAGUACAUUGAAUGGGUGAGAAAGAAUAAAAUCGAAAGAAUGAUGAGGGGACUACCAAAGAAACGCUCCUACGCACCUACAUUGCGAUUCCAGGACUGUUCUGGCUUAGAGUCGUUUAAUAUACUUACAUUCAGACGGUUAAAUAAUGUGAUAUAUCCUAUAAACGUAGGUAGGAACGUCGCUAGAAAUGCUUCGAGGACAAAUUAUUUCAUAGUGUCAGACAUAGAAAUGGUGCCGAGUGAUGGAUUAGCGCCUAAAUUUCUGACAAUGGUAAGGAAACUUAUGGGAGAUAAGAAACGAAAUGAGGGCUGUAUAUUCGCUAAGACGAUCUUUGUAGUGCCGUUGUUUGAAGUCGAGAAAGGAGAGGAGAUUCCUCGCGACAAGGACACAUUAGUACGUAUGGUGGCUGCAAACCGUGCCACUUAUUUCCACCAGAAGGUUUGCUCUCAUUGCCAGAGGUUUCCUGGUCUUCAAACUUGGCUGACGAGGGCGACCCCCAAUGGCAUUGAGCCGAUGCUGAUCGCCCGAAGAGAAUAUCCUUAUCAUAGAUGGGAACCACUAUACUUCGGCACCCACAAGGAGCCUUGGUACAGCGAAAUGUUAUCAUGGGAAGGACGCCAGGACAAAAUGACACAAAUGUUGGAACUCUGUCUCCAAGAGUACCGGAUGGUAGUCCUGGAUGGUGCAUUUCUGUGUCACGCUGCUGUCACGAAGGCAGCCUACCGUCACAACCGGGCUGAACGAGUCAACACCCAGAGGUAUAUGAAGAUCAUAGGUGCUCUCAAACAGAGGUACCCUGACCGUCCCCAGUGCAAGGUUAUGUGGGGAUGCCAAAACCGCUGA